UCUUGGUACAACUUGGAAAAGCACUAGCCCCGUCGUCCUGCUCCCAGUUGAGUUCACGACCUACACACCAAGGCCAUGCCCCGCUUCUCCUCCACCACGCCAAUGUCGCCACCCCGCCUCCUCCUCCGACUCCGCGCCCGCCACUCCUCCUCCACCUCUCAUCCCUCACGCAUCUGGGAUCCCCACGCCGCCUUCGCCGCCGCGACGCAGCGGGCGCGCUCUGGCACGCUCACCACGGAGGACGCACACCACCUGUUCGACGAAUUGCUGCGGCAGGGCAAUCCUGUCCAGGAGCGUCCCUUGACUAACUUUCUGGCUGCCCUCGCCCGCGCGCCCGCGUCCGCAUCCUGCAGCGAUGGUCCCGCCCUGGCCGUAGCCCUCUUCGGUCGUUUGUCCCGAGGCGCCGGACGACACGUGGCGCAGCCAAAUGUCUUCACCUAUGGCGUCCUCAUGGACUGCUGCUGCCGCGCACACCGCCUGGAUCUGGCGCUCGCCUUCUUCGGCCGUCUCCUCAAGACGGGCCUGGAGGCAGACCAAGUCGUCUUCAGCACCCUCCUGAAGGGCCUUUGCCACGCAAAGCGGGCGGAUGAGGCUCUGGACGUGCUGCUUCACAGGAUGACUGAGCUGGGCUGCACCCCCAACGUGGUGGCGUAUAACACCAUAAUCCAUGGCUUCUUCAAGGAAGGUCAAGUAAGCAAGGCAUGCAAUCUGUUCCAUGAAAUGGCGCAGCAGGGCGUUAAGCCUAAUGUGGUGACAUAUAACUCGGUUAUUGAUGCGCUGUGCAAGGCCAAAGCAAUGGACAAGGCAGAGUAUUUCCUUUGUCAGAUGGUUGAUAAUGGUGCCGUACCUAAUAAUGUGACAUAUAAUAGCCUCAUCCAUGGAUAUUCCUCUUCAGGCCAUUCAAAGGAGGCGGUCAGGGUGCUGAAAGAGAUGACAAGUAAGGGUAUCAUACCAGAUGUUUUUACUUGCAACUCGCUCAUGGCCUCCCUUUGCAAGAAUGGAAGAAGCAAAGAAGCUGCAGAAAUAUUUGAUUCAAUGUCCAUGAAGGGCCUGAAACCUAACACCGUUUCAUAUGCUAUUCGCCUUCAUGGGUAUGCCACCGAAGGAUGCUUAGUUGAUAUGAUUAAUCUCUUCAAUUCAAUGGAAAGAGACUGUAUUCUACCUGACUGUCAGAUCUUCAAUAUACUGAUUAAUGCAUAUGCUAAAUCUGGGAAGCUUGAUAAGGCUAUGCUUAUCUUCAAAAAAAUGCAGAAACAAGGAGUGAGUCCAAAUGCAGUCACAUAUUCAACCGUAAUAGAUGCAUUUUGUAAAAAGGGUCGGUUGGACGAUGCUGUGAUAAAGUUUAAUCAGAUGAUUGAUACAGGAGUACGACCGGACACGGCUGUUUAUCGUCCUCUAAUCCAGGGUUUUUGUACACAUGGCGAUUUGGUGAAAGCAAAGGAAUAUGUUACUGAAAUGAUGAAGAAAGGUAUGCUUCCUCCUGAUAUUAUGUUCUUCAGUUCAAUAAUGCAGAACCUAUGCACGGAAGGAAGGGUAAUAGAAGCACGGAAUAUCCUCGACUUGAUGGUGCACAUAGGUAUGAGGCCGGAUGUUCCCAUCUUUAAUUUACUGAUAGGUGGAUACUGCCUAGUCUGCAAGAUGAAGAAUGCAACAAAAAUGUUUGAUGAUAUGGUGUCGUAUGGUUUGGAACCUUCUAAUAUUACGUAUGGUAUUCUUAUUAAUGGCUAUUGCAAAAACAGAAGGAUUGAUGACGGGCUGAUUCUGUUUAAAGAAAUGUUGCGCAAGGGACUUAAACCUACAACUUUUAAUUAUAACGUCAUCUUGGAUGGAUUAUUUCUGGCUGGACGAACUGUUGCCGCAAAGGAAAAGUUUAAUGAGAUGGUUGAAUCUGGAGUAAGUAUGUGCAUCAGUACUUACUCUAUAGUUCUUUGUGGACUUUGUAGAAAUAAUUGUAGCGGCGAAGCCAUCACGCUAUUCCAGAAAUUAAGCGCAAUGGAUGUGAAAUUCAAUAUUAGAAUUGUCAAUAUCAUGAUUGAUGCCUUCUUCAGGGUUCAGCGAAAGCAAGAAGCUAAGGAUUUGUUUGCUGCAAUAACAGCCAAUGGGUUGGUUGCUAAUGUUUUUACCUACAGCCUAAUGAUGACAAAUCUUAUAAAAGAAGGGUCAGUGGAAGAGGCUGACACACUCUUUUUAUCGAUGGAGAUGAGCGGCUGUACUUCGAACUCGUGGAUGUUAAAUCUUAUUAUCAGAAGGUUGCUGGAAAAAGGAGAGAUAGUCAAGGCUGGAUGUUAUAUGUCUAAAGUUGAUGCGAAGAGCUACUCACUUGAAGCUAAAACUGUUUCGUUCCUGAUCUCUCUCUUUUCAGGGAAAGGGAAAUACAGAGAACACAUAAGAUUGCUACCUACAAAGUAUCAGUUUCUCGAAGAAGCAGCCACAGUUGAAUGGUUUGCUACAUGAUAUCUGGACGUAACUCCUAGAAGCUAAACUUGAGUUGUUACUUGCCAUAGGUUCUCCUGCUUUUGCAACAAAUGCCUUUCAUAUGUGUAAAUAGAAAGUCAGCUUAUAAGAAGCUGUCAGGAUGGCAGAGAGAGAACAAAUCAAACGCACUCCAAAACAAAAGAGAAACCUCGCCAAACUGAAUCCAAACUCAAACAGAUGCAUCAUCAAAAGUCCGAAGCUGUACUGUUUGCUAGCCAAACUCCUACGGGAGAUUGUCAGGCGGCCGGGCAUGAAGUGGCAGGCGUCUAUGCGCCUUCGCUGCUGCCAGCAUCCAUGGCUUAGCAUCACACGGAAUCGAGUCAACCAAUUCCCAGCGAGUUUGGGCGCCUCCAUUGAAGAUGCAACCGUUUCUAGCCGCCAAAUACGCCUAAGUGUCAGAGUAAUCAGCGAGCAUGCCCCUUUUGUCUGGUUCGAGAAGAAUUUGAAGAAGCUAACAGCAACAGGAGCUUGACCGGUUUGUUCUCAUCAAAGCCAGUUUAAGGUUAGUUAAUUAUAACAUGGUAAUAAAGAGGUGUUUUGUUGACUGUUGAGGUGUAAUAUGUUAUAUGCCAAGCUCUUGAUGAUUAGGGUGACCUGUGAAGCAUGCAAAAGUCUGAAUCAUAUGUGCUUGUUAGUUAUUUUGGCAACUUUUUAGUCUUUUUUCCAUGUACAGAUUUUAUGGAUCCAUUUUAAGUAGUAUGUACAUUCUGGCAUUAAAUAUGAGGUGUAGAGGUUUACUUAAGGACCGGUCUGCAAUUUUAUUUUUUUUUGAUCGAGGCAGCACCACGUUGAGUUUAACCCUGUAACUUGGCUCACCUCGUGCUAGUGUUAUCGCCGGAAAUUGUAUUAUCACUGGCCUCAGCGUUUUUUUACAUUGAAUUAAACAUACUCUGUUGUUGCAGAAACUGACUCCAAACAGUGUUCACAGUUAAUAUGGCUUUGUCGGUAAUUUUCAUUGACUGUCAACAUGUUCCUUUUUUGAAAAGUAGGCUGGCCAAUUGUCGUUCAGUACUCUGUAUAUAAUGAUGGUAAGACUGACAAGGAUAUGACGGAUGGAUUUGAGCUUCUUUGCCAUAGUUCAAAGUGUGCAGUCUGGGUUAUGCUUUAUAUUAUGUUCUUUUUGGCUCUAGUAGUAUGAACAGGAAGCAGGCAGGAACGAACUGAUAUGUGGUACUAUAUUUUGUUAUGGAAUCUAGUUGUUGUUGUUAUUAUCAUUAUUAUUAUCGUCAUCAUAAUCAUUAUCCCUUUUCUCCAAGAAAAAGUGUGCCCUAAAUUAUAGAUCGGUUCAUUCAUCUCGCCUCUUUUUUUAGGGGCCAUAGUCUGAUGGAUUUUGAAGAGCUUCUCCAUGGUUUUCUCUUCUGUUCCUUGGUGCAGGGCCUGGUGGAAUUAUGCUGAACUGUAACAUUUUGGUACUACAGAAAAGUUCUUCGUAAGUUGGUCGCUUUGGGGGCACAUUACAUGUUUGAGAUGAACUUCUCUGUGGAGAAAAAUUAGGUGGCCUGUCCAUUUGCCCCUAUGUCUUCUUAUGUCUGCGAUUGUUGAACUGUAGCUUUGCGCGGGCCACUCCUCCAACAAUUACGGCCUUCUCACACCUUUGGACAAUCUUAUUCUGGAGCCGUUGGCACCGAUGCAGUCAGAAAGAUGGUGGACCUUGACAUAGGGGUUCUGAAGUGCAAUAAGACAAGGUCUCCAGAAGAUAUAGUACUCGUAAUUGAUAUGACUGAUGGAUAUUCAGGAGCUUUCUUUUAUGUAAAGGGCAGGUGUACUACCAAUUCAUUCUAGUGGAGAAAGACUUGGUACUAGCAUUAUUUGCACGCUCAAAGGUCGACAGACGAAACCAGUUAAAAUAAUACUCCUACCUCCAUUCCAAAAUAUAAGUAGCCUACCAAGACGUCUUGAAUUUUGGAAUGGAGGUAAUAUAUCAAAGGAUCAUCACUCCUAAUGGUUGGCAGCUGAUCACUGAUUAGGGUGGAGUCGUCGAUUGAUAAACUGGCGCAUGCUUUACUGUAUUGCAGUGAUGUCAAAUACCACAGUUCUCUGUGAUGCAACUUAAACUGAACACUCACCUGUUCCUUCUUAACUCUGUCAUGUACUGUAGAAGAGUAGCUGUGUGAUGUCAUGGCCCUUGAUUUUAUUUUGGAUGCCUACAUGCAGACUGCUUAAGUUGCAGUAGCAGUCCUAACUGCACGAGAUAUGUGUCCUAUUUUUAUAGAAGUGAUGUGGGUCAAUCGACUUGUGAGUGCAAA